AUGGGGAACGAGGCUGAAGCAAUGAGGGCGCCUGUCGAUCCUGAGGGUCAGGAUAUGCCAAACCAUCAAGGAUCGAAAGGCCAUGAGCAAGAUCCCACUGCGCCACCUGCAUUUUCGACAGGCUCGGGUGGUAUCAUCGAGAAAGAAGAAGGCGAAUUGAUCAACUUCAAGACACUACACUGGCUGCAAGGAGGCAUCGUUCUCGUCGCAGAGACAGUCUCUCUAGGAAUUCUAUCGCUUCCGUCCGUCCUUGCAACUGUUGGACUGGUCCCCGGAGUCAUUCUCAUCUGCGUAAUCAGCGCUCUUGCGACCUACUCUGGCCUUCUCCUUGCCGAUUUCCGGAAACAGUACCCCUUCGUCCAGCACUUCGGCGAUGCGGUCGAGCUAAUUGGAAGGCCCAUUGGUAUGGGUGGCAUCUUCCGAGAGGUCUUCGGAUGGGCCCAGACUAUUCUGCAAGUUUUCCUCAUGGGAGGUCACAUUCUCAUGUGGACUAUUUGCAUGAACACUCUCACGAAUAGCACAACAUGUACCGUCGUCUGGGCUGCUGUUGGAAUGCUGGUUUUCUGGGUCUUCAACGUUCCUAGGACCUUGAAGUGGACGAGCUGGAUGUCAGCAACUUGUGAGUCAUUAGAUGGUCUCUCGGCUUUUCUCCCGCUUUUCUGGCUGUCACCAACAUUGCAGGUGCAUUCUGUAAGUAAACCAACCAGUCAGAAGAUUGGACAUCCAUGGAACUUUGACUUACAAAAUGCCCUUCCAGCAAGCCAUUCGAUCUUUUUCAGCGUAAUCGCCGAAUUCAAGAACCCCGACGACUGGCCAAAGGCACUUGCCUUCCUUCAGAUCACGGAUACAACCCUGUACAUCAUUGCUGCCGUCAUCAUCUACGUUUACGUGGGUCCCGAUGUUCCUUCGCCGGCUUUGUCUGCAGCGGGUAGCGCAACUAUCAGGAAAGCGAUUUGGGGUGUUGCUAUUCCCACGAUUGCCAUCGCUGCCGUUAUUUACGCCCACGUUGCUUCUCAGUACGUUUUCACACGUAUCUUUGGCAACACCAAGCAUGUUGUCAGAAGAACCCGAGUAUCGACAAUCUCUUGGCUUCUCAUCACUCUGGGUAUCUGGGGAAUCGGCAUGGUGAUUUCCGAAUCCAUCCCCGUCUUCAACAAUCUGUUAGGGCUGGUCUCUGCUGCCUUUGCCAGUUGGUUCUCCUUUGGACUGCCAGGUAUCUUCUGGCUCUGGAUGCACAAGGGCAACUGGUUCUCAACCUGGCAGCAGAAGUGCCGGUUCGCGGGGUCUUCGCUACUUUUGCUUGUGGGAGUCCUGCUAUGUGUACUUGGAUUGUGGGUCUCUAUUGAGUCCAUCGCGAAAGGUGGAUCUUCCGCGAAACCUUGGACUUGCGCCAGCAACGCCGCAGAAUGA